AUGUCCAGGCUACUCCCCACCGCUCUGUCACCAUUCACAGCUCUGAUGCCAAUUACGGGCACCUACGAUGUCCUGACAGUGCCCGUCCUCCUGCCUUCAUCGACGGUUGCCUCGCUCCUCCCUCAGGAGCUGCGAUCCCACCUGCUCCCUGUCCCGGCAGAGGUACUUGCCGAUCUAGGCCUGACUCCGCAAAGCGCCGAUGCUGCGGAUCAAGAAAGCAGACAGCACCUCGUUGUGCUCCAGCUGGGUAGGCAAUUGGGUACUGGCCCUGGUCCUAUGGCUCUUCAUUUCCAGGAGGCCAAGAUCGAGGUGCCUUACGUCAGGCACCCAGAUUGCCCGGAUGAGGACAAGACCUACUCAUUCAAGCUCAUGUGCAUCUUUGACUCCAAAGUCCUCUGCAUGGGCUCGGCAGUGCAAGCUGGCUUGACCUCCAAGACAACUUCCUUCACCCCUACAGACUCUCCCUCCUGCUUCGAGGCGAGCGCUCCUUCCAUAUCCUACUCAGCAGAAGGCUACAUGAGUGUCGAGGCCACCUCCACUCAUCACGCAGGCGGAGACGCUGGUCCUCGCACCGCAAAGGCGUUGUCAGAGAUGGCUUGGUUCGGCGCUGCUACGCCUCGCAACUCGGCUUCACGCUUUCAGUUCGACGAGGGAUCCGUAGAUGCGCAGCCACAAAGCUAG